CUCUCUCUCUCUUCUUUCUCUCUCUGUGUAUUCUCGCUCUUCUUCCUUCUGCCUUCCCUUCGCUUCGCUUCCAUUCCAUCGCCCUUCGUCCUCUCUCUCUUCUUUCUCUCUCUACCUCUCGUCCCCUGCGCACCGGCGAUUUAGGGUUUCGGCAGCGCCGCUCGGUCGCGAUUCGGAGCCCCCUCGCCGGCCGGAGCCCGCCAGAUCGAGGCCCUCUGCAUUAUCUGGAACCUGAGCAUGAACACUGUUCCUCUUGGGAUAAUGUUUGUGUGGCGAACUGGGGUUUGAGCGGAUUAAUGACGUGAUUGGGGCCGUGUUUGUGUACAGUCGUUUCGACCGAUUGUACAUGGUGGAAUCGGGGUCUGUGGUGUCGUCCAGCAUUGUGUCCGGGGCUGCUUCUUUUGCCGUUUAAUCGUGGAAGGAAGUGUAGUCCGAUUAGAGAAGUUUCGUGCAUCCAUGCUGGCAGAGAGCAUGCGUGGAAUCUUUGCUUCGGGUGAUGCACCUGACAAGAUUUGUUGCCGAAGCAUUCGGUGUGGUGACCAUUUGUCUGGUUGCUCUCUUGGUUCUUCUGGGUUUGCUAUGCACCAUCUACUCGUUUUACUUCAGGUCUCGCACUCGUAGCCAGGACUUCAUCCAACUCAGUUACUUUACGGGUCCGUGGGUCAUCCGAAUCAUAUUCAUCGUGUUCACGAUCGUGUGGGGUUUUGGUGAGAUUGUCCGUUUAAGCUUGCUCAGACAGAAAGGGAAGGUGUUGAGCUCCGUUAGUUACAAAUGGCAAGAAACUUUUUGCGAAGGUUAUGUCGUCUCAAAUCUUGGUUUUGCAGAACCUUGCUUGUUCCUCACUCUUGUGUUUCUCCUUCGGGCACCUUUGCAGAAGAUGGAGUCAGGAAUCUUAAGCAGAAACUGGAAUGGAAAAACAAUUGGUUAUAUUCUUCUCUACUGCUUCCCAGUUUUUGUUCUUCAGCUCAUCAUCAUUCUAGUUGGACCAAGCUUAAGCAACGUUAAAAGUACUGGACGAACAUUGCCGCAUUACUUCACAAGUGCUAUGAAGAGGACUGAAGGUGCUGCGUUUUGCACUUACCCUUUAAUGAGUACCAUUAUUCUUGGGGUUCUUGCUUUUCUCCUAACUGCCUACUUAUUUUGGCUUGGAAGGCGGAUCCUAAAAUUAGUCAUUAAUAAGGGUCUGCAGAAAAGAGUAUACGUGCUGAUAUUCUCAGUUUCGGGUUUCCUUCCAUUAAGGAUCCUAUUACUUGGUUUAUCGGUUUUGUCUAAGCCAGAACAUGUUCUUUUUGAAGCUCUUGUGUUCAUGGCAUUUCUUUCCCUUUUCUGUUGUGCUGGGGUGUGUAUUUUCUUGCUGGUGUACUGCCCAGUGGCGGAUUCUCUAGCAUUGGGGAAGCUUAAUGACUUGGAUGUGAGAAGAAGAGUUAGUGAUGAUCAGAAUGAGACUGUUUCACUCAUUGCUAAUCUGAGCCAUCUUGAGGAAAGUGGUAGAAUGAGCCCCUGCAGAAAUUCUGACUCUUCGACCAAGCGUGGAUCAAUUUCUUUUCGGACUUAUGGAAAGGAUGGCCCAUCAACGGCAACUUUCGUAGAGCUAAGUCUCUUCUCUCCUAGUCGAGAUGCAACCCCCCCUGCUUCACCUCCACUACUUGGCUGGCCAAUGCGUGCAUCUCCACAGGCUCAGGGACCUUCAAGCACUCGUGAAAAUCAAUUUUGUGGUGAUGACAACUGAUUGUAAAGGGUUUAGCUUUUAAUAAGGUUUUUAUUUGUUCUCCGUUUGUUUUCUGUUUUAGAUAUGAUGGUUUUGUCUCAUGGAAGUAUAUCUUCAUUUUCCUUUUUGUACCAUUUUGUAACCAAAUUUUAUCUGCAUUCUCUGAACUUAUAAUGGAGCAUUUCUUUGGCUGAAUUCCAUAGGACAUUAAUGAAAGUUGCUAAAGGUAUUCGGAUUGAUUGCCGAAUUUUUCUAUAGUUAA